UCUUGCUGCUUCGCCAGUUGCCGCAGUCGUGUAGUGUUGCGUGACGAUUCUCUGCGCAAACAUCGUCGGUCGUGCUGAUUCGUGAGAUCGCUUACUGGCUUUAUAGGCGCAGAUUUUUUAUCUUCUUUUUUUAUAUCCUUUUACAAUUUGCAACUAGUGUUUUUAUCCGUAUAUACCUCUUGGUGCUCGCGUGUGUUGCACUGGCUGUGCUCAACAUCAUACACUGUGACAAUGGAGGACUCAAAAAUUGAUCACAGAGCAAGAAAACGAAUCAGGGAGGUUAAAAAGAAAGCCAGACCUGAACUGGUGGAUAAAAUAGCUUGGACACAUCUCAAUUACAAGAAAAACUUUGCAGUAUUUUGGGAUUUUCAAGAUAAUGUAGAUCGCAUUGACGUGAAUAAAGUUUCAUUGGAAGAAUUUAUUUUAAGAUAUGAGAAACCCUAUAUACCUGUGAUAAUUAAAGGUGUUCAAUCAGACUGGCAGGCACAGUAUAAAUGGACCCAGGAGAGAUUAGCAAAAAAGUACAGAAACCAAAAAUUUAAAUGUGGAGAAGAUAAUGAAGGGUACAGUGUUAAAAUGAAAAUGAAAUAUUAUAUUCAGUACAUGCAAAAUAAUGAAGACGAUUCUCCACUGUAUAUCUUUGAUAGUUCCUUUGGCGAACAUCACAGAAGAAAAAAGUUAUUGGAAGAUUAUGAUAUUCCAAAAUAUUUUAGAGAUGAUCUUUUCCAACAUGUUGGGGAAAAUAGAAGACCACCUUAUCGUUGGUUUGUAAUGGGACCAGAGCGAUCGGGAACUGGAAUUCAUAUUGAUCCUUUAGGUACUAGUGCCUGGAAUGCACUUAUCUCUGGGCAUAAAAGAUGGUGUUUGUUCCCUACUCAUACUCCUAAAGAACUCCUCAAAGUGACUGGUGCUGAAGGAGGAAAGCAAAGAGAUGAAGCAAUUACUUGGUUUUCUGUUAUAUAUCCUCGAACUAAAUUGCCAUCUUGGCCUCAAGAUUGCAAACCAAUAGAAAUUUUACAGAAACCAGGAGAGACUGUUUUUGUGCCUGGAGGUUGGUGGCAUGUUGUUCUCAAUCUUGAUGAUACUAUUGCAGUGACUCAAAAUUUUUGCUCUCGAACAAAUUUUCCAGUAGUAUGGCAUAAAACAGUUCGUGGUAGACCAAAAUUGUCACGUAAAUGGUAUAAAAUAUUACGAGAAAAGGAACCAGAACUGGCAGAAAUAGCAGAUAAAAUUGAUGUGAAAGAAGACACUGGUGUUGCUAGCGACUCUUCCAGUGGUUCUUCUAGCAGUUCAUCGAGCAGCAGUAGUUGCAGUAGCCAAUCAGAAGAUAGUGGACAAGAGGAUAGCGGGCAAGAAUCACUUAGCGCUCACAAAAAGAAAAAGAGAAGAAAAAUGAACAGCGAUCAACCCUGACAAUAUCAUAUUUUUGAAAUCAAGAGAGACUUCAAACUGUACAGUAUUAAUCAACUAUUAUUGUUUGUACUAAAAUUAAUGAAGAUUACAGUUGUGACCACCUUUAUAUUCAUAAUAAAAUAAACGCUAGAUAAUGCCAAA